AUGGGUCCGAAGACGGAUACAAAACGACAACGCAUACAAGCAACUACCUACGACGAUGACACUUAUGACACCUACGAGUAUGACAUCUACAAGCAACAACUCCUACGAUGGACAUCUACAAGCAACGACAAGCGAAAGAAAGAUCGGCACACCAAAAAAAUACACCCUACAUAUAUAAAAAG